AUGUUUUAUGUUUACGUGUUGGAGUGUGCUGAUAACAAGUAUUAUGUUGGUGAAACUAUGGAUAUCGAUAGGAGAUGGGAAAUGCAUAAGAGUGGAAGGGGCUCAGGGUGGACAAGGAUAUAUGAACCAAUCAGGAUUAAAUGGUAUGGCCGUACCAAUAAUAGAUAUUUAGAGUUUGCAAAAACUCUUGAAUAUAUGGAAACAUAUGGUAUUGAUAAUGUAAGAGGUGGUCCUUACUGUAGUAUAUUUUUGGGAGAAUGGAUUAUGGGGUUUAUUUACAAUAGAUUAUCUGAUACAUGUUUUGACUGUGGUAGGAGAAUUAGGAAUGGUCAUUAUAAUGGCUGUCCAAAUUGUCAUAAUUGUGGCCGCAGACAUUAUGGUUGUUGUUGUUACCUAUGCGGUAAACCUGGUCAUUUGAGCGGUGAAUGUCGUAAUUGUUCUAGAUGCGGUGGAAAUGAUCAUUUUAUUGAUGAGUGUAAUCAAUGUUACAAAUGUCGUAGUCGCAAUCAUUUUGGUAAUCGAUGUGGAAGUUGUUUAAAUUGUGGUGGAUACGGUCAUCAAACUAAUAAUUGUUAUUUACCUUAUUCCUAA